AUGUCGUCCGGCAGGUACAUGGCCUACUCGCCGUCCCCCUCCGCAUCUCACUCUCCGCACAUCGGCGCCGCUGGCGGCAGCGGCGGAGUUAUGCGUGCUGCCGCCUCUGUGCUCAUGGAGCAAGAAAAGUACCUAUCCGAGUUGCUGUCUGAACGCAUCAAAAUCAUUCCUUUUGUGGCUGUGCUCCCAAAUAGUUAUCGUUUGCUGAACCAAGCAGAAAUACUGCGUGUAACUAAGCUGUUGGAGAAUGCAUCAAUAUUAGAACAUAAUGGGUUUGAACAAGCUAGUCCUAUGGCUUCAGCAGGAAUAUAUACAAAUGGAGGAGCUAACAACAGACGACCAUCACCAUUUCAAUCAGAAGUGACGAGUUUGAUGCAGCCCUCUUCCACAAAUAAUUGGCUUGGCUCCCAUGGUAGCCCGUCAGGUCUUAUAGUCAAGCGUCUGGUCAGAAUCGAUGUUCCAGUCGAACAAUACCCUAAUUACAAUUUUGUCGGGCGCCUCCUUGGACCUAGAGGAAAUUCUCUAAAACGAGUUGAAGCUGCUACUGGGUGCCGUGUUCUAAUCAGAGGACGUGGCAGUGUCAAAGAUCCAGAAAUGGAAGCGGCAGUGAGAGGAAAACCAGGAUAUGAGCACCUUAGCGAGCCCCUUCACGUACUUAUCGAGGCAGAGAUGCCAGUUGAGAUAAUCGAUGCUCGUGUUGGGCAAGCGCGUGAGAUAAUUGAAGAUUUACUUAAACCAAUGGACGAAUCUCAAGAUUACUACAAGCAGCAGCAGUUACGUGAACUCGCCCUGCUCAAUGGUUCAGUAUCUCCAUUCAACAGCAGCCUCGGAAUGAAAAGGGCCAAAAUCGGAGGGUGA